AUGUGGGGGGACAAAUUGUCCGACCCACGGGAGUACGGGCGCAAGACGGCGGAGGCUGUCCGCCCCUGCCUGCCAGAGUUGGCGGGCAGGAGGAGAUGCGAACUGUCCUACCAUCUGGUGCAGGUACUGACGAGCCAUGGUUGCUUCGGCAAGUACCUGCACCGGAUUGGGAAGGAGCUCACCACCAGAUGCCACCACUGUCCCGUGCUAAUGGACACGGCGCUCCAUACGUUGGCCGCUUGUCCGGCUUGGAGUGAGGAGCGCUGUGUCCUGGCCGGGGCCAUGGGACGUCAGGGUGGGGACAUCUCGCUCCCGCGCUUGGUUCAAUCCAUGUGCGGGAGCGAGGAGGGUUGGGAAACGGCGGCUUCCUUCUGUAAGGACGUUAUGUCUAAGGAGGCCGCCGAGAGGGAGCACCGACCACAUUCCCCCGUCGCAGAAGGCGACGGAGUGGUCGGCGUCCUAGGAAGGGGGGCUUAG